GUGCUGAUUCUAGAGAGUUCCAUCCUUCCUCAUUGAACCUGUUUCAUGUGCUCUGAGUUUGGACUCCUCUCCCUCUUCACUUCACUUUGUCCCAAACUCUUUUUUUUAAAAUAGACUUUUGUGGCUUUUUGACUUUAAGAGACUGAAAAGCACCUCUUAAUUGUUUGUGUUGCCGUCCAUCUUUUGGCAGUUUCUUUCACUCCCCAACACUGUGGAUGAGUGUUGUGGGGAACAUUCUCCAACGUUAUUACCUGACCUGUUCUCUGUCGUGUAAGAAUAAUCUUCACAUCAUCACUAAGAACUGACUCGUACUGUUAACCCAAGAAAAGGCACACAGAAGUAGAUCAGGAUGGCUCUCAAUGUUCCAGGGCUGGUGGUGAUGGCGGCGUUCUACCUGCUGAUCUUGGGCACAGGCAUCUGGGCCUCCAUGCGCUCCAAGAGGGAGGAGAAGAAGUGUUCAGGGGAUGGCAUGGAGAUAACGUUACUGGCCGGACGCAACAUCAACUUGCUAGUUGGCAUCUUCACCCUUACUGCUACAUGGGUGGGAGGAGGCUUCAUCCUCGGUAUAGCUGAGGCAACUUAUAACCCAACACUUGGCGCAGUGUGGGCUCUCAUGCCCGUGCCAUAUGUCCUGACCUUCUUCUUGGGUGGGUUUUUCUUUGCCAAGCCCAUGAGAGAGAACAAGUAUGUGACAAUGAUGGACCCAUUCCAACAGAAGUAUGGGAACAUUAUGGCCAGUGCGCUGAUCUUUCCCGCACUGGUAGCUGAUGUCCUGUGGGUUGCACGCACACUCGUUAGCCUGGGUGGAACUAUGAGCGUGAUCCUGGACUUGUCCUACGUCUACUCCAUCAUCAUCUCCUCAGUGGUGGCCAUAAUCUACACACUGCUGGGGGGGCUUUACUCUGUGGCCUACACAGACGUCAUCCAGCUCAUCCUCAUCUUUGUCAGUCUGUGGGUGUGUGUUCCUUUCCUGUUGACCAACCCUCACUCUGUGGACAUCUCACUGACGGCCUACAACCAGACCUUCCAGGCUCCCUGGGUCGGCACGGUGGAGCUCGAUGAGGCUGGCAAGUGGUUUGAUGACUUUAUGCUGCUGGCUCUGGGAGGUUUGGCCUACCAGGCGUUCUACCAAAGAAUCCUGUCUGCAUCAUCUUACACCCAGGCUCAAGUGACCUGCUUCGCCUCUUCAGCCUUCUGCCUGGUGCUCGGUAUCCCCUCCAUUCUGGUUGGAGCUGUGGCUGCGUCUACAGACUGGAACUCAACCAGCUAUGGCCCGCUCACCCCAUAUGAGCGUGGCCAGGCGGGCUCCAUACUUCCCAUCUCACUGCAGUACCUCACACCAACCUACAUCUCUGUCAUUGGCAUCGGAGCUGUAGCUGCUGCUGUCAUGUCCUCCAUGGACUCAGCUCUUCUGUCCUCCGCCUCAUUGUUUUCCUCAAAUAUCUACAAGAACAUAAUCAGAAAGCAGGCGUCAGACCGUGAGAUGCAGUGGGUGAUCCGUAUCUCGGUGGUGGUGGUGGGUCUGGCCGGCACUGCCCUCACUUUCUUGGACAGCAGCGUCCUGGUCUUCUGGCUUGUGGGUGUGGACAUGUCCUACACCAUCAUGUUCCCUCAGCUGGUUUGCGUCCUCUUCUUCAAGGUGUCUAACGGGUACGGAGCCAUCGUGGGCUUCCUAAUGGGAAUCAUUAUGCGAGUCCUGAGCGGCGAGCCUCUCAUCGGCCUACCACCCGCCAUCCACUUCCCAGGCUGCCGGCUGGACGCCGAAGGAAAGCUCACCCAGUUCUUCCCCUUCCGCACUGCCAUUAUGGUGAUCUCGCUCCUAUCCAUCCUGAUCGUCUCCUGGCUAACAUCCAUCAUUUUCAACAAGGGUCUGCUGUCCGAGAGGUGGGAUGUGUUCAAGAUCAAGCGUAAGGAGAAACCAACAGCCAGAGCCAUGGACAACAAGAGGACCAACUCUGGUAACGAGGAAGCCUCCGCGGCCAAGCAGCUACUGGACACCACUAGCUGCUGAAGAGGCGAGAGAGCCGAGGAGGGAGAGAAGAUGGGCACCGGGUGGAGGCAGACAUGUUGGUCUGCUAAGCAGGAACAGCGGCAAAGGCUGGACAUUUUGUACAGAUGCUGUGCAGUAUCACAGUGUAUUUGUGCUAAAGACAUAUUAAUUAGCAGAGUGCGAUUUGAGCUCUCUGGCACCCGACUUCAUCAGUUGCCUCAACCUUUUCUUAAGAGAAUACAUUACAGAUAGGCUCCCUGGCAAACCAGCCAUUAGCCAGCAUAGCAUAUAGGGGAGAUAGUUACAUGCAUUACAUAUAUAUGGUCAUACAUCACUGAAAUGGAAGCAGUCCACACAAAGAACCCAGAGACAAGUUCAGCUGGCAAGCAGUUUAAAUUUGGAUAAAAGAAACUGCAAUUAAACAUUCUCUAUAAUGGUUUAUACUUCUUCUUCAACUGACAACUCUCACCAAAAACAAAUUUGUAAAUUUGUACAGAUUUAUAUAAAUAUAUUUGUACCACAUUUUGAUGAAUUGAGAUACCACCCAAGAGAUGCCUUUUCAAUAGACCCAAUUCACCUCCUUAAGACCAUUGCACUGUGGCAACACAAAAGACACGCACACAAGACAUCAUCCCAAAGGAUCAAUGAAUCCAAAAGAAUGAUGAGAAAACAGUUUACAACUCACAUCAAAAUGGUAAUAAUUUAUUAGAUUUUGCUUUUCGUAAGAACUCUCAGAAAAAAAGGAAUACAGCAAGCCAUCCACUUUGUCCUUUUACUGCACAAUCAUUUAUCAGCUCCGGGUGUGGCCACCAGAAAACAUGUCCUCACUACGCUGUACUGGAUGCAAGUGCAUAUAGCCUCUCUCUCAGUAACCUCUGUGCUCUGUGAAGCAUGACAGACCUGAACAAAGAAAUUCUAUCCAAAGAACUUAUGCACACUGCGCACUGUUUCACGGCACACUUGUGAAAGACAUUUUUAUUACUGAACAGUUUAUAUGAAAGUGAUUGGAUCUCUUCCUUUCCCUAGUUGAUUUGCUGUCCUAGGAUUGGCUUGGAAGCACCUGCGACUCCCUUCUUGCUAGUCAAUAUUUGAUCAACAAUUUUUACCAUCAAAACUUAUACACUUAAACGCACAACUAUUGCCGAGACAUCAAUGUGACUAUCUGAAGUGCUUAGCUGUGCAUUCUCAGAAACUUGUGUCUUGCAGCAGUCCACACUCCUGAAAAGGAUUCUGAUAUUUUGUAAAUGUUAAUCUGUGUGCAAAAAGAGACAAUCAGAGUUGUGUUAAUAUAUCUAAGAUGUGAAGAUUUAUGGUUACAUGUAAAUUUUCACAUGGCAACAUUUACCUCCAUCUCUCAGAUACUACUCCGUACACAUAAGCAAGUUUUUCUUUAUAUCAACCCGAUACAGAUGACUUAAGUGUCCCUCUCCAUCCGACUGCUCUGACUUGGGUUGCACUGCAAUGCUAACAGCUUUGUUAUGCAAGCAAUAUCGAAAAAAGAAAACAAAAACACUUGGGUGGAACUGACGCAAACACUAUUUAAGUUUUUUUGAAUGCUCAACAGUUUUGUUCUAAUCACUAUUUAAUAUGCCGUCUUGUGGUAUAUAGCCAACACGUUCUCAUCUCAAGUCGUCACAUAAUGCCGCUUUGCAGUGGACUGCCGCGUCUACAUAUUACACUCUAAGUAUCCUUCUGCGUCUGCUGUUGACCUUACGGGAUGCUGCUGCCAACACCGGAAUGUCAACAAAAGCAUGUGCAUAGGAUUAUGCAACAAAGGUGGGGAUGGUUAGGUUUAAGGAAAAAAGGGCAUGUGGUAAGAUGCAGAAAAAAAACAACAAAUUCAGACGGGAAGUGAACACAGGACUCCCACAUGAAAAUCCAGGGUUUGUUGGAUCCAUCCCCCACCUCCCCAGCACGUAUUAUAGGGACCUUUGUGACACUUAUAUUACGUUGUUACCGGCAGCAUUUCGACCUGACACAUCCAGCAGCAUAUCAUGUGGAUGCAACAGGUUCUGUCUGGCCAUGUUUUCAACUGACGAUCCCUUCAACAUAUCAUGCUGCUAUGGCGUGGUGCCAUGGGGCUGCGCGGCGGUGCAUAAUAACACCGCAAAUGGUUCUGUCCAGCUGCAUUCUUAGCUUCAUACAGCCACAAAAGUUGGCGUCGGGAUCUUCUGCCAAAAUCACUGCAAAAGUGGCAGUAUUUGAUGACUUUGGUGUGAGAAUGGGCUGGAAUAGCAGCAGGGAGAGACAAAACUGCAGAGCUUGAUCUCCCAUUAUGCCACAGAUAUUUAAGCUCAUUCCCCUCACCUGCAAUUUACUCACAUGAUGAAUAAGUGAAUGUAGCACUUUUUUUUUACAACUGCAUGGAGAGAAAUAUGCUACCCCUCAUUUUCCUCCUCCUCACCCAUUCCUCCUCCAAGUCUUUCUUCUCUGUCCGUCCAUGUGAGAGACGUGCCUUUCAGUGACCUUGCACUGUAUCGUUUAGUUUUUGUUAUAUACUGUAUGCAAAGCUGUAGUUUACAGUGGGAUCAUUUUUUCCUCUGAGGUGGUGGAAGUGUUUGCAGCUAAGGUCCUGAGAAUAUACAUUUAAGAUUCACAACAGCACAGAUUUGGCUCCACUGAAUGAUUGCUAGAGAGCAGACUGUUCAAUGACCCUUGUGUUUUUUAAUGUAUGUUUUGUUUUACUGAGCCUACAUAGUAGUCUGAUGUGCAAAGAGAUUCCUGCUACUGAGUGACAGUUUAGAAAGCCUUCCUCUACCAUAUUGUUGCUGUCACUAUCACUGGAAGCUGGUUUCACUCGGCUGCCAGCGGUGAUGUGCUGGUCAACAUAAAAGGGGUGUAUACUCUCGUCACUGUUCGAAUACCUCAUGGAGUGGUAAUGUUGGCUUUGAGUAUACGAAACUUUACCCAAGAUUCUGGCUUCUAUCCAAAGCAUACUGUACGAAUGUCACUUUCCAAAGAGUGAUUGCACAGAACAAACUGUUCUCCAAACAAAACGCAUUCAGGACAAAAAGCAUCUUUUUAUGGUGAUUGUGAUUUCUAACUGUGUUAUUCUCUUGUAUACUGUACAGUCUAAUUAUGAUUUGUAUAUUUACACUUUUUAUUUUUUAUCAAAGCUAAAUCACUAUGCGUUGUGAGCUCUUGAAGAAAAAACGAAAGUCUUUUUCUUAGCAACGUUUCAAGUGAAAUAAAAUCACCUUCAAUUUUGCAGAACAUUAAAUUUCACCUUCACACAUAGCUAAAUCACUGGGCGGCAGUUCAUGUGUGUCAACAGUGACUCUGAAUCACAGGAAAAACAUGUUGCAUACUGCUGAGUUAAAGUCAUAGCCAUUUAAAAUUAACACUCCUGCCUGAAAACUUCAGCAAGCCGUCCACAAUAUAGUGAAGCAUGGCGACGCCUUAAUAAUGGAGCAUAUACAUGCAUAUUAUCAUCUGUGCAUUUCAUCACUUUUGAAAGUAAAAUAUUUUAUUUUCCAUGUGGGGUUUUCAUGUAUUAUCUAUGAAAGUACUGGACAGUUGUUAGUUUUAUAAUAUUAAUAGGUAGUGAGGUUCUCUAUUGUUUCCCCUGAUAUGUAUUUGGUUUUAUACUUAUGCAUGUUGAUUUUCAUUAACAGUGUUGUUUGUAUACUGAACUUUCGUGAAGGCUGUUCUCUCUUGCCACUUGGCAAGGUCCUACUUUGUAAUCGAUUAAUGUAAAUCCCCAUGGGGUGAUCUUCUGUCAGAAUAAAGGCUGAAACCAAA